AUGAAAGUUAAAAUCUUGUUUCGCAAUACCCGCCAAAAGUUGCCUAUUGAUAAGUAAAAAGCACUUGCAAAAUAUGAACAAAUUCGAACAACUGCUUGGGCCCUCUACCAACGCUUGUUUUUCUCCAAAAAUGAAAAAAAUCGUUUGUUUUGAGCAAGGCAAAAAAUUUAUAAUUUGUUUCCUAAUUAAUUAAUUUGCAUACUACGCCUAUGGAAUACAUAACUACGAUCAUUUUCUAAAUAGACCCUACGAUCGUGCCGUUGCCAAGGAAACAACACCGUAGCUAAGUAAGGCGGGAGGGCGGUCUUAUUGUUAUGAUGCAGAAUCAUCUGAUCAUCUGAUUCUGCCUUCAUACGAUUUUAAUAUUCGAACGCGUUACAUGGUGUCUGUUAUUUGUGUUUAGUAAGUACGAAGUGCCACUAUUUAACCUAUUUUUGGAUAUUUUGGUGUUUAUAUUAGACUUUCGUUUCAUUAUUAAUUCACAAGUGACAUUUGAAGAAUUACAGCGAUUAUCCUGCCUAGCAACAGCGUUGGUAAUAAUGGCUGACGGUGUGACUGGAAGAGUUGUAACCAGAAGUACAAGUGAAUGUCCCAUUUUUGGUGCCCCUUCAGAACUUAAAAGUACCGUUUUGCCAACUAUUGGAGACACUAUAAAAGGUUAUUUGUAUAUUAAACAUAAAUUAAUCCAUGAACGAUCCGGCCAAGAGCCAAGCGUUUCGGAAAUAUCCAAACAGUUAGGACAUCAAAUAUAAGAAAUUUGGCAAAGAGCUUCGAUUCCCACAGUAUCACACGAACGCAUCCGUCAACUGAUUGGUAAGCAUUAUAAUACAUAUCGUAGCCUUAUCAGAUAUCCACAAAAAAAACGUAAUGAAAACUACACCAUAAAAGUAAAAACUUUUAAACACGAAUCAACGAAGCUGUUUGAUAUCGCAGCCUGUAAAUGCCCAAUAAUUACUUCUUGUUGUUGUGUCAAGUCACGUAAGGUUCCAACUGAAGAACGGUCUUUCCUUUUGGACCAGAGAUCAAAUAGAAGAAUGGGGAUUGGAACUGUCGAUAUAAUUGAGACUAAUAAAUUAAGAAAGAAACUUGAAAGACAAAAAGCAGAAAUCGAACGUGAAGAACGCUUUCGUCAAUGGCAAGAAGGGGACUGUAGUCAAAGUGCUAAAAUAAUGGAUGAUAGUAUUGACGAUGGUAAUGAGGGUCAAUUUAUUAACAUUGUUGCAGUUCCAGAACUCAAAAAAAGUAGUAAUGAUACAUUCUCUGCAACAGAGCCAUCAACAUCAGAAGUUGGACAAAUGAGGUUCACACUUCCAACACUCUCACGGGUCUGUGACCAAUAUGGUAUUUCUAAUAGAUGUGCUGCAGCAAUUGCUUCAGCAACGUUACAGGACAUCGGUAUUGUAACAAUGGAUGAUUGUUCUAAAGUUGUUGAUAGAAGCAAGGUUCGAAGAGAGCGCCAGAAAACACGUGCUUUACUCAAAAAUUUGCAAACUGGAAGUGGAGGAGGCUUGAAAAGUAUAUUUUUUUAUGGCAGAAAGGACAAAACGCUCUCACAGGAAAUAGUUGGCGGCAGAUAUCAUAAAAGAACGAUCAGCGAAGAACAUAUAUCUAUGAUAGAAGAACCAAAUUCUCUUUAUUUGGGCCAUGUGACGCCGAGUUCUGGAACUGGGAAGCACAUAGCGACAGCAAUCUAUGAUUUUUGUAUUAAAAAUGGAUUAAACUUCAACGAAGUUUUAGCUGUUGGGUGUGAUGGUACAGCCACAAAUACCGGAAGAAAAAACGGUGUCAUUGCGAAUUUACAGAAUAAAUUGGGACGUCCUUUGCAAUGGUUAAUCUGCCUACUGCAUGCGAAUGAGCUGCCUCUGCGUCACUUAUUCGCAUUCCUUGAUGGUGCAACAAGCGGUCCUCGUGAGUAUUCGGGACCUAUAGGUAAAUUGCUUGAAAACUGCGAGGCACUGCCGCCUGUACAAUUUGAGGCAAUUACUUGCAUUGUGCCCGAAUUGGAAUAUAGUGAUCUGAGUACCGACCAGAAAUACAUGUACGAAAUAUGUCUUGCAAUUUCGGCUGGUCAGUGCUCCUUAAAUCUAAGUACUCGCAAUCCAGGAAAACUAUCACACGCUAGAUGGCUUACAGCCGCAAACAGAAUGCUAAGACUUUAUAUUGCAACCGAAAGUCCAUCUGCAAAUUAAAAAAUUCUGGCUGAGUACAUAGUAAAGGUAUAUGCCCCAGUUUGGUUCCAGAUAAAGAAAGAACCUUCGUGCGCGAAUGGAGCAAGGCAUAUAUUUAAGAUAAUAUCAUCAUCUCGUUAUUUAAGUGAUGAUCUUAAAAAUAUUAUUGAUCCUGUCAUUCAACGGAAUGCUUAUUAUUGCCACCCCGAAAACGUGCUAUUAGCCAUGCUAACUGAUGAACGAAGGUAUAUCAGAGAACUAGCUUUGCGUAGAAUUUUGAAAGCUAGAGAAAUGGUCUCUGUUCCCACAGAAGUCAGAGAAUUCCAUAUUCCAC